CAUUUCAAACCUCGUAAACAUUUCAGAAACUGAGAUCCAAAAUCCCCAUUUUUCUUCUUCCUAGAAACAGAGCCCAAUUUGAAAGAAAUGGGAAUGCUAUGCAAGGUGGUUGAUACGCUGCUGUUAGUGGCGUUUGUGGUGAUGUUGUUAGCGGGGCCUUUAAUCGACGCGCAAUUGGUUUUGCCAGAGACCACCUUCCCGGACUUGCUCAUCCAUCUGAAGCAACGAUACGCCGAGGAAUACCAAGAUUAUUUGGUGGUGGAAAAGCCCCAUUUCUUUGUGGCCCUGGUCUGGCUGGAGCUGGUUUUCCAGUGGCCUCUCGUUUUACUUAACAUUUAUGGAAUUCUGGCAUCCAAGCCUUGGUUCAACACCACUUGCCUCAUCUAUGGUGCCUCUGUCAUUACCGCCAUGACUGCUUUAUUGGGGGAGCUCGUGGGAUCUGGGAAGGGGUCAGAUAAAUUGUUGAAGAUGUACUCCCCUUUCAUGGCGCUUGGUGUUUUGGCCUUGCUGCGAGGGCUGGUUCCACAAUCUGGCGAGGCUCAAACCAUUGGCCAAGGACCUGCACUAGCUAGGAAGAAGAAGGCUUGAGUUGAGAUUAAUACAAAACCAUCUUCUGGAAUUUUUGUAAUCCUUGUCAUAUUUUUAAUGUUUUUGUUUGUUUAUUAUUUCCUGAUUAUGAGUUCUAAUGAUUAUUUCCUGAUUAGUGCAUUUAAUUUUAAGAACAAUCGUUAGAAGAAAAUAGUACAUU